CAACCCCAUUCUACGAUCAUCGUCUACUUAGAAUUGCUCGCUCGUCACCAGUCUCUUUCUAUUCUCCGAGAUCUUGCUUCAACUGCUGGAGAAAAGCCUUCUGCUCUCGCUCACUUUAGCUCACGAUGCAGUCUCACACCUUGUCCCCGGCGAGGCACUGCAUGUAUCCACCGCACGUGGGGGCUGCAUGCUUUCUCUGUAUGAGAUAUGAAGCGCAGGUUGCCCCCACGCUUCUCUCCCACAUCCCACCUCCACUCCAGCUGCGGCACGCAUCAACAAUACCCGAUCCACACUCGACUGCGCCCCGCCAAGUAAAACCACAUGUCCGCUUCGAGCUCCAAACGAAGCGUGCGAUUCUUGAUUCCCGGGGGUAACCUCGAACUCGACUCUGACCUCGAGGGAACUGCAACCGACUUCGAUGAUUCCCCCGCUAUUUCUCCAUGGGAUGCCGAAACCCCUCUGCUACUAAGCUCAAGCCCAGCCUCGUCAUCUGUGCCCUCCACACCGACUACACCUAUCACUCCAAUAACGACACUUUCACCAAUUGCUCUGUCUGAGAUCCUAACGCGGAUCCCUCAUCCGCUAGCACACAAAACGGCCAAUUACACACGUGUCCUCAAUGUUUCUGGUGCCGCGUUCAAAGGCCUGGGCCCACUCGUGCUGGAAGCGCUCGCCGAAGGCGAUGAAACGAUGAAGGCCGAGAUGAUGAAGGUGCAAAAGGGUGUCUUACCUGCGGAAGCAUAUGCCGAGUCGCUGCCAGAUGCGGAGGAGGAGGAGGAGGAGGAGGACGGGGAUGAAGAUAAGCGCACGGUGGAGGACCGUGGUACUACCACCGACUUGUCCAUUGCCCCAGAGCACGUAACGCUUCACUCCGCGACCUCACAUCUUGAUAUUACGAUCGCUCAUGUCAGGGGAACUGCAGGGUCUCCCGUUCGCGUUUCGCCACCCAUUUCCCUUGAUUCUAUUCCCCUUCCCCCUUCCCCACCGCCUGCAGCGCCUCUACACCCGGUCGAAACGCAUGGUGACCCAGUUUAUGCACAAGCGCCUGCUCCCCUCCAUGGACCUGACACCCUCCCGCAAACAUUGAGUGUUUCCGGUGCCUUCGGCUCGAUGCAGGCGGGCUGUGUGCCAGUAUCAGCCUUGGGCACUGCUGAUGCUGGUGCCAUCGUCGAUCCAGAGCUUGUCCCCCUUCCAUCGUCUCCGAACCAUAUCCCAGCAGUCAGCCACAGCAUUAGUGCGGAGCACAGCGACCCCGUUUCUGAGGCUCCAUCCCAGAAGCACAUCACCUCAGACGCUUUCGCCACCUGUGCCGAUACACCCGUGGCAGACUCCAGUCCGGACUACGAUUUGCUGCAGUUCUCCGACGUCCCAAAAACCGAUCGCCUCGAGCUGUUCAAGCGAGCGGUACUGCCACCCCAGCUGCAUCUGGACAUACCCAUUUCGCCGACAACUCUGGAAGAGGAUCUCUCCGAGAUGUCUCCGCUCUUCUCACCGAUCGACCUCCAGAGCCCAGGCUCCAGUCCCCGGCCGUACUUUCGCGACCGGUUGUUUUCCGAGUCGUCAUUCCGGACCCAAGUAAAAGCACCAGUAGUGCUGAAGCGUCGCGUCAAGGAAACACCGAGGCCAGUUUACAAAGAGAUGGGAGUGCAAGCGGGGGUGGGUUCGGCUGUUUUAGAAGGAGAGAACGAGAUCCUGCGUGCGAGGAUCGAAGCGCUCGAGCGACAAGUCACUGCACUCAAAUCGAGGCUUGGGCGCGUGACGUCUCCUCCCCAGCCCAAGUUCCUGCAGCUCAAGCAGUUGGCAGCGACCGAUCGGGUCGUCCCGCCUCCCACCGUUUUUGCAUUUCGGUUCAGGAAACCACGGAAAUCAGGUGUUCGAUAG